AAUCAGAAUUAUUGGAAAAAAACAAAAUCUGAAAUUGCUUUUUUGGUUUGGUAGGUUUAGCUUUAGCCCUCAUCUUCUCAGAAGUGUUGAAGCGUUUCUUCGCUGGCUUCAAAGUAAUCGUAUUCAAAUUCAGCGUAUUUGGGUAGUCAAGCUCUUCUAUAGAACUCUUUAAACCAAGCUCACCUCAUAUAAUUGCCGAAUAGAAGUAGUGGUAGAAUAGAUGUAAUCAAUACAGCUAAUUGGUAAAAGAAACAAAUAGAGUCAUUGCAAGAAGAAUUUCCAGUUUCUGGUGACUUGCACAUAUACGUUGUUCAGAAACAUGACUUGUACAAUAUGGCCUCUAACUACAGAAUACGGCUAUGCAAAUUUGUCUCCAUGGAACAAUUUCUCCAUUCCCGUAACUCAACUUCAGUCUUGUACAUUGUUUUUAGAGCAUCUAGGAUUUAGUCUGUAAAUAGGGCUUUUCCGUGUAGAUAAAUGGAAACAGACAGGGUUAAGGUCUUGGAUGAUGACCACCACAAAAUAGUUGUCAAUUUGAAGGGGAAAAGGGCAAAAAAUAGUGCAGCAGUUAUAGUUGGAACUAGCCGCCCAGUGUUGUCUCGACAGUCCAGCUCACCUUCAUCGUUUAACAAACUUGGCAAACGUAAGCGAUCUGAUGAAUGCAGAAAGAAGUGUAGAUCAAACUUCAGAAGCUCCGUGCUUAAAAACUAUACAAAUUUCAGCAAAAGUGGGCUUCCUCAGCGAUUUCUAUACUAUGAAUCUGGGGACUGGAUAGACUAUCCUCAUGGAGUUGUUGACUUGGUCAGGGAGCACUUUCGACAGAAAAAUGCAGUUAUAAAUGUGGAUUGGAACGGCUGCCGUUUGUUGCUAGAUAUUCUGUUUAUGAUACAGGUGGAAAUUAAAACUGGUCAAGCGAAGCAAAUUGCUUGGAUUGAUGAAGCAGGUUGUUGUUUCUUUCCGGAGAUCCUUUCCUGUCAUUUAGAAAAAGAAAAGUACUGCCAUUCUGAGUUACAGAGUGAUUCACCUUAUGUGCUGAAAGAAGCCAAAGGGCCCCAAGAGAUCACAUUGAAGCUUGAGAUUGGAAUAACGGGAUUGAGUAGCUCCAAUACAGAGGAAUGUGUUGAGGAGUCGAAUAGUCCUGCUAAGAGGAUAAAAAUUGAACAAAACUCUUUUGGUAGUCGAGAUGAUAGGGAAAAUGACUAUUGCAACCAAAUAUCAGAUGCCCAAAUGCAGGAAAUCAAUAAGGGAACUCGACAGUUCGAUGAAAACAUAUUGCCCGAGUCGCCAGUUCUGGAGCAAACAUUGGACUCUAAUUCAGUACGAGACAUGUUUAAUCAGGGCAUUGGUUCCUCUGUGAGUGCAUGUAUAGUAGAGAUUAAGCACUGCACUAAUGAUUUGAUGCAAGCAAGAGCUGAGCUGUUCCAUAAGCAGGUUGAAAUAACUAAGAAGUACCGCGGGAAUCCAAAUGUCCAAUAUGGUUGGAUGGCUGUUACUAAAGAUGCCCUAUCCAACAUCAUGCUUUAUGGGCUUGGUCAUGGUAGACCCAUGAUUAUGUCCACAUAUGGCAUUGGAGUUCACUUGACAUCUCUUAAUCAAGCCGAUAUCAGUGCAAGUUACUGUGAUGAUGACGAUAAUGGGGUGAGGUACAUAAUGUUAUGCCGUGUUAUCAUGGGAAAUGUCGAAUUGGUCAAUCCUGGAUCUGGACAGUGCCAUCCCAGUUCUAUACAAUAUGAUAGUGGAGUUGAUGACCUUCAAAAUCCACGCCAUCUAAUAGUUUGGAGUAUGAACAUGAACACCCAUAUUUUUCCAGAGUAUGUUGUCAGUUUCAAGACAUCUUCGAAAGCUGAAGGGACCAUGGUUACAGAAAGCAGAGGUCCUCUGUCUGGAAUUACAACUAGUGAUGAAUGUCGAGGCCAAUUGCAGUUCAACUGCUCCCCAAUGGAAUCAGGGAGGCGUUCUAGGCCAGCUUUAGAAUCCAAGGGAUCACAGGAAAAGCCUGUUGGAAUUGGCUCAAGCUCUUUGGCAGGUCCGAAAUCCCCAUGGAUGCCAUUUCCAGCAUUAUUUGAAGCUAUUUCAAAAGAAGUUGCUCCGAACGAUAUGAAAUUGGUUAAUGUUCACUAUGACCUAUUCAGGAGCAAGAAGAUCAGCCGGGAAGAUUUUAUUCAGAAGUUAAGAGCAAUUGUUGGAGAUUCCUUGCUGAGGUCAACCAUAAUAAGCCUUCAGUGCAAGCUGCCACCAAUCUCUGCAAUCCCUAUGAAACCGCCAAAGCAGGGAGGAGAAUUUGAUGCCGCUUGAUUUGUUAAAUGGUGGUUGGAUCUCUGACUGUCGUUGGGGUCUGGCUGAUGUUUGGUAAGGUUGCUGCUCUCCUAAUGUGUCGACAUGAUGCAAACCAUAUUACCAUUUGACAGAUGGAUAUGGCUUUGUUGGAUUUUUGUCUAUUUAUGCUUUGUACUGAAACUCUGGUUUGAACUCUGGAGUGUAAAGCUGAAUUGGAUUGUAAACUGGUCACUGAUCAUUGUUAGUUCUAGUUUUCUAGCGAAUUUCGGGAAUUUUGAAAUUUCAAAUCUAGUAAAAUCCAUCUGUUUAAUGUCUGUUGGAAAAUGUCCUUUCCUUCUCAAUGAUUCUUACUGGAUCCC